UCAUGUUAUGUGGUGUUAGUUUACGCGCUUUACUUUUAUGUUCCGUUUUUUGAGCGUGUUUGAUUUAUGUAGUGCUCUUGUUUUUGGAACUAUAAUAAAAGUGCGCUUGUUCAUUAUACGCUGCUCUCCUGCACCUGACUUCGCCUCCAAUACACCAUGGACAAUAGUUCUUAUUUUUCAUUUCGAGGUGCACGGACGAUCAACACGUUCAAUCUACACAGGAAACAUGGUGUUCAUUUAUGCACCUUGCAAUGAAAAAUCUCAAAUAAAUUGUCAAGUCAAGGCAGUUGAUGAUAGGACAUAUGCAGGAAGGCUUUCUGAAGGGCAGUUUUUCGAAGGAAGUAUUUAUGUAAAUGCUCCCUCUGUCACAGCGAGCAUUUACCUUGUCAAAACUGAAAUUGCACCGCACAUUUUAGGAAAAAAAACGGACUAUUGCUGUUCCCUCUGCGUGUACAGAACCAUCAAUGUUCUUUCUCAUUUUGUGAAAGGACAUUGUGAGGUUUGGAGAAAUUGAGGGGCCACGAUACUGUUGGAGCUGUUGCUGUAGACUGUUCUGGUAAUGUUGCAUGUGCAACUUCCACUGGAGGAAUAAGAAACAAAACGGUGGGCAGAGUAGGAGAUCAUAGGUAAUAGGGUCUGGUGGGUAUGCAGACAACCUGAGUUGGGCAGUAUCCUGUACUUGCCAUGGAGAGUCCAUCCUGAAAGUCACCCUAGCCAGACUCUUCCACGUAGAGCAAGUUUUGUGAAGAAUUCAAAGAGAAGUGUUCCUUCUGUGUCCCAUGUGGGCUACAGUUGGCAGAUAAAACUCAAACAGCAGUGGUGAGGCACUUUGGUCUACAGAUACUGGAGCACGUCAUCAAGUUCAGAUGGAACAACAUGCCACAGCAAGAGAAAGUCCAGCUGAAGAACUGUGCUAUGGGGCUAUUGUCAACUGGCACAUAUUCUAUCCUGGAGGAGGAGAGCCACAUCAAGGACGUUCUCUCGCGGAUCAUAGUGGAGAUGAUCAAGAGAGAAUGGCCUCAGCACUGGCCUGACAUGCUGAAGGAGAUGGAGGCACUCACCAGUGUAGGGGAGGCCCAGACAGAGCUGGUGAUGUUGAUCCUGCUGCGGCUGGCGGAGGACGUGAUCACCUUCCGGACCUUGCCCACUCAGCGCCGCCGGGACAUCCAGCAGACCCUCACCCAGAACAUGGAGAGUAUCUUUAGCUUCCUGCUCGCCAUCCUGCAGCUCCACGUCGACGAGUACCGCAAACUGAAAAGAAUACCUGGCCAAGAAUUGCAGGCCAAGGCCCAUUGUCGGGUAGGCGUGUCCACUCUAAACACCCUGGCAGGCUACAUAGACUGGGUUGCCCUGGCAAACAUCACCAAUGACAACUGUCGCCUGCUGGAAAUGCUGUGUCUGUUGCUCAGUGAGACAGAGCUGCAGCUGGAGGCUGCAGAGUGCCUGCUCAUCGCCAUUAGCCGCAAGGGGAAGCUGGAGGACAGGAAACCACUCAUGGUGCUGUUUGAUGACGUUGCCAUGCACUACAUCCUCUCUGCUGCACAGUCUGCAGAUGGAGCAGCAAUAUGCAACAAAUCCUCUCCAACACAGCCAGUGGGGGCGGGGGUGGUGGAGAGACACUACACCUUCCUGAAGAGGCUAUGUCAGGUCCUGUGUGCCCUGGGCAGCCAACUCUGCUCAUUAGUGGGUUCAGAUGUGGAGGUAGAGGUACCAGCAAACCUUAGCAAGUACACAGAAGCGUUCCUGGCCUUCACCACACACCCAAGCCAGUUCCUUAGGUCUUCCACCCAGAUCACAUGGGGAACUUUGUUCAGACAUGAGAUUCUCUCCAAGGAUCCUGUCAUCAUCCAGAUGACCAUCAAGUACUUUAGAGCCACCAUGACCAACCUAGUCAAGACUGGUUUCCCUUCCAGCAACGACAGUCCCAGCUGUGAGUACUCCCGUCAUGACUUCGACAGUGAUGAAGACUUCAACUCCUUCUUCAACUCGUUCCGAGCGCAGCAGGGGGAGGUGGUCCGGAAUGCGUGUCGUAUUGUCCCCUUGGAGGCCUUCCAGAUUGCAGCAGAGUGGCUGCAGUAUCAGAUCAGUGCGCCCAUCGAUAUCGGAACCACUGUGUCUAAGACGGCUGAGGGGCUGUGUUCUAUCCUGUCUCCGUCAGUGGUCCAGUGGGAUGCUAUGACCUUCUUUACAGAGAGUGUUGUGGGAAAGAUCUUUAAGAACGUGGAGGAUGAGAAGUUGCCGGUAGACCAGGGCAUUGAGCUGCUACAGGCUGUGUUGAACUACAACACCCAAGACCCUCUCAUCCUGUCCUGUGUCCUCACCAACGUCUCCGUCCUCUUCCCCUUCGUCACACACCGACCUCACUUCCUGCCUCAGGUCCUCUACAAGCUAUUUGCCUCCAUCACAUUCGAGGUGGUAGAGGAGAGUAAGGCACCACGGACGCGUGCGGUGAAGAACAUCAGAAGACACGCCUGCUCCUCCAUCAUCAAGAUGUCUCGAGACUACCCACAAUUCAUUCUUCCGUGUUUUGACAUGAUGUAUAACCACGUGAAGAAGCUGUUCUCCAGCGAGGCUCUGUUGAACAUGCUGGAGAAGUGUGCUCUUAUGGAGGCCCUGGUCCUCAUCAGUAACCAGUUCAAAGACUACAACAAGCAGAAACACUUCCUGGAGGAGCUCAUGGCCACUGUGGUCGCUCGCUGGACCUCCGACGAGAUGAGGCGUGUGCUGUGGGAUCCUGCUCUGUUCCUGGACUUCGUUGGUGCUGAUCAGCUGGUGGCUGAAGGCAUAGAACACACAACGGGCAUCAACAGGUCACGGUUGAGUUUCUGUGUGUACACCAUCCUGGGGGUGGUGAAGAGGGCCCGCUGGCCGGCUGACCUGGAGGAGGCUAAGGCAGGGGGCUUCGUAGUGGGCUACACCCCUAAUGGAGCCCCCAUCUACAGAAACCCCUGCAGCGCCCAGGUCCUGGCACUGCUGCCCAACCUGCUCGCCCUCAUCAGAACCCACAACAGUCUCUUCCUGCCGGAGAACAUGUGUCGUCUGAGUGAGACGUUCUCCAAGGCCUACGACAUGAUAGAGGUGGAGAAGAACAUGGUUCUAGGCUUGCCUCAGCCAGCCCUGGACAUCUAUGACCCUCCAGUGUAUAAGACUCAUCUAGAGCGCAUGCAGGGAUUCUUCUGUACCCUCUACGACAACUGUUACCAUAUCCUGGGGAAGGCAGGCCUAUCAUUGCAGCAGGACUUCUACACCAUCGAGGGAUUGGCUGAACAGAUCGUUGGUUCUGUCUUUGUCUCCCUCGACAACGUGCCUGACCACAGACUCCGCACCAUGCUCCGGGUGUUCCUGAAGCAGCUGGUGGUGUCAUGUCCUCAGGAGUGCUACAACAGUCUGCUCUGCCCCCUGCUGGGGCCUCUGUUCGCCUACAUGCUACAGAGACUCAAUCUCAGGUGGCAGAUCAUCAACCAGAGGAGUACUGUCAGUGGGGAGGAGGAGGAGGAGGACGAGUCGUGUGAGGAGAAUCAGGAGAUGCUGGAGGAGCAGCUAGUUCGGCUGCUCACCAGAGAGGUUCUGGACCUGCUCACUCACGCCUGCAUAAUGAAAAAGGUGCCUGCGCCAGCAGGAAACAAGGAAGAUGUGGAUGAGGAGGAGAUGAUGUCCACUGAGUCCCAGGCAGUCGCUGUCUCCCCUGCCCAGCCAACCGGCGAACUUACGGAGCUGGGGAAGUGUUUUCUCAAACACGAGGACAUCUAUAUGACCUUGUUGACCAUCUCAUUCACCUCUCUGUCCUGGAAGGACACCAGUAACUGUCACCGCAGCGCCUCCAUCGUGUGCUGGACCCUGCUACGACAGGUUGUAGGUGGGAACCUUUUGCCAGAGGCGGUCACAUGGUUCUAUACCAGUGUUCUGAAGGGACUGCAGAUGCAUGGGCAGCAUGAGAUCUGCAACUCAGCCCUCACACAACUGGCCCUGCUUAUGUACGAGAACCUGCGGCCGCGGUACAUGGAGCUAAGAGACGUGAUGACUCAGAUCCCCGACAUCAAUCUGGAGGCUCUAGACCAGUACGACCAGCGGUUGCUGGAGCCCAGCUCCGCUCAGAGGUUGGGAGAGAAGAAGAGGAAAGACCAGUUCAAGAAGCUCAUUGCUGGCGCUGUGGGGAAAGCUCUGGCCCAGCAGUUCAAAAAGGAGGUACAUAUACGAAAUCUUCCGUCUCUCUUUAAGAAGCCGAAGCCUGAGAAAAGGGACAUUCUGGAGACCAGUGAGAGUGGAGCACUAGCAGCACUCUUCUCCCCAGUGGUGGAUGACAUCUAGGAGCACAGAGCAGCACUCUUCUCCUCAGUGCUGGACGACAUCUAGGAGCACAGAGCAGCACUCUUCUCCUCAGUGCUGGACGACAUCUAGGAGCACAGAGCAGCACUCUUCUCCUCAGUGCUGGACGACAUCUAGGAGCACGAGCAGCACUCUUCUCCCCAGUGCUGGACGACAUCUAGGAGCACAGAGCAGCACUCUUCUCCCCAGUGCUGGACGACAUCUAGGAGCACAGAGCAGCACUCUUCUCCCCAGUGCUGGACGACAUCUAGGAGCACUAGCAGCACUCUUCUCCCCAGUGCUGGACGACAUCUAGGAGCACGAGCAGCAUUCUUCUCCCCAGUGCUGGAUGACAUCUAGGAGCACAGAGCAGCACUCUUCUCCCCAGUGCUGGACGACAUCUAGGAGCACAGAGCAGCACUCUUCUCCCCAGUGCUGGACGACAUCUAGGAGCACUAGCAGCACUCUUCUCCCCAGUGCUGGACGACAUCUAGGAGCACUAGCAGCACUCUUCUCCCCAGUGCUGGACGACAUCUAGGAGCACUAGCAGCACUCUUCUCCCCAGUGCUGGACGACAUCUAGGAGCACUAGCAGCACUCUUCUCCCCAGUGCUGGACGACAUCUAGGAGCACUAGCAGCACUCUUCUCCCCAGUGCUGGAUGACAUCUAGGAGCACAGAGCAGCACUCUUCUCCCCAGUGCUGGGUGACAUCUAGGAGCACUAGCAGCACUCUUCUCCCCAGUGCUGGGCGACAUCUAGGAGCACAGAGCAGCACUCUUCUCCUCAGUGCUGGAUGACAUCUAGGAGCACAGAGCAGCACUUCUCCCCAGUGCUGGAUGACAUCUAGGAGCACAGAGCAGCACUCUUCUCCUCAGUGCUGGGUGACAUCUAGGAGCACUAGCAGCACUCUUCUCCCCAGUGCUGGAUGACAUCUAGGAGCACUAGCAGCACUCUUCUCCCCAGUGCUGGACGACAUCUAGGAGCACUAGCAGCACUCUUCUCCCCAGUGCUGGACGACAUCUAGGAGCACAGAGCAGCACUCUUCUCCCCAGUGCUGGAUGACAUCUAGGAGCACUAGCAGCACUCUUCUCCCCAGUGCUGGACGACAUCUAGGAGCACAGAGCAGCACUCUUCUCCCCAGUGCUGGACGACAUCUUCCUGAAGGAUUGGCUCAACAAGUGUUCGACGUUUCUACCCUAUCGAUCGACAGUGGGAUGAAUGGACUCUACAAUUUGUGGCAGACUCCCCAUUUAGGACAAAGGUAGUCAGAAUAUUCUGUCAUGGACUGAACCCUGCUAACUGCUCAAUAAUAUUUAUCCAAAUAAUGUGAGUGUUUGUCUGCCUUGAUCAGAAAUAUAGAACAGUAUGAUGAUGGUGAUUGUCCUUCAACAGGACAUGGCUUUUGCCAUAAACCCUGCAGGUUGUAAAUGUAACAAAGAAUUGCGUUUAUACAGCACAUUUCCUCACUAGCACAACACAUUUAGCUUUAAAUGUGUUUUAGUAGAUCGCAAACAUGGACCAUCCACCUGGGUGCUCAACGACUGCAGCCAUUUUGUGCCAGAAGAACCUGAAUGGGAUCCAGUGAGCAUGUCUGAGGUGUUACACUUCAAAGUAGUCUGCUGUAUAAAGAGAGCUAUUUUCAAACCAAUGUUUUGUACAGAAUCAUUACUCUGUUGAUGGUUGAAGUAGAAUUGUCAUUGACUUUUUUUGCACUGGUUCUCCCAGCUGUGAACGUAUGAGAAGCCAGCACUGCAUUCCACCUAUGUUAAUGGGAAUAGUUUGCCGCAACAUCGACUUUUGUUCGGCGGUAUUGUUUGUGAAAACUGAUCCAAUGUGGUCGAGAUCCCAUAUUUUAUGCCAUCUGUUUUGUAGGUCAUAUUUGUGUGCAUUUGGAAGAAGCUGCAGGCCUGAAUCUCAAAUCCAUAUGAAAAAUAGGCACCAAUUGCUGUGAGGUUUAUAUGUUGCCAGUCUGUCUUUCCCAUUUAAUAUGGGACCAAAGCUGAUUUAUCCAAAUACAUACAGAAUGAUCAGAGUUUUUUUGAUGGCAUAAAAUAUAAUAGUCAGGGGACUUUGUUACAUAAUUUUGGGAGGAAUCUUAGAUUUUUGGUAUGAACUACCCCUUUAAAUCUCCCAACCCUGUCAAUGACUGACUGUUCACGUGGCCAACUUUUUUUCCUUAAUGAUUGUAUAAAACAACCUUGUACAGGGAAAGUAUUUAAAACUGUAGUACUGUUUUUAUAUUUUGCUGUUUUUAAAUAAAGGUAGACUUGAGUCAUU